GAAUUAUCUAGCGACUACGAAAAACUUUUUGAAACAGAAAUUGGAUGUGAUGUUAUUAUUCAUGCUGGAGAAGGACAAAAUUCGAAGGAAAUUCAUGCUCAUUCAAAUAUUUUGUGUAUUAGGUCUCAAUAUUUCCGUUUAGCAUUUUCUAAUGAAUGGGCUAAGAAAAGAGAUGGAAAAUUUAUUUUUAAGAAACCAAAUAUUUCACCACAAUUAUUUAAUAUUAUUCUUAGAUUCAUUUAUUGUGGAAAUAUUGUUUUAAAGAAUUUACAAGGUCCUGAUGUAUUAGAGUUAUUGAUAGCUGUGGAUGAGUUAAAUAUUAAUUCGUUACAUGAAACAUUUACGGAUUUAUGGAAUUUUUGCCUUGAAAAAAUUUGUGAAGAACCUAAAAUUUUAUUCAGCUCUGAUAAAUUUAUUAAUUUAAAAGCUCCUUUAUUAGAAUUAUUAUUAAAAAGAGACGACUUAAAUAUAGAUGAAAUUGAAAUUUGGGAGAAUUUAUUAAAAUGGUGUUUUGCCCAACAAAAUAUUAGGGAUGAUUCAACAAAAUGGAGUAAAGAAGAUAUUAUAAGAGUUGAAAGAGAAUUAUACAAAUUUAUUCCUUUAAUUCGAUUUUAUGAUAUUGAACCUACAGAUUUCUUUUACAAAGUUUAUUGUUACAAAGACGUCUUACCACAAGAUUUAAUUCAUGGUCUUUUGGAAUAUCAUAUAGUUCCUGACAUAAAAUCAAAAGUUAAUUUAUCACCUUCAAGAAAGCCAAAUUUAAAAUAUCCACUCGAUUCAACUUUAAUUAAAUCGAAUCACCUUCCUCUUUUUGUUUCGUGGAUUGAUAAAAAAUAUUCAUCACAUUAUAGAAAAAAUGUUCCUUACGAUUUUAAGCUAUUAUAUCGCUCAAGUCAAGAUGGAGUUGAUACUUUAUCUUUUCAUAAAAAUUGUGAUAAUAAAGGAGCUACUAUUUGGGUAGCAAAAAUUAAAAAUUCCACGCAAAUAAUUGGAGGAUAUAAUCCACUUGAUUGGAAUGGUAAAGCUGUUUGGAAAACUACAACAAAUAACUUUAUUUUUAAUUUUAUAAAUGGAAAAAAUAUUUCUACUGCAAAAGAAUUCCAGAAAAUAAUUUCGAAGUAGAAUAUUAUGAAGUAUUUCAAGUACUAAUUAGUAAAUAAAAAUCAAAUGUAGAAAAUUCAUUAAUG